ACUAUAUCAUGUUGUGUUGAUCAUCUAGAAUGAACCUUACCGGAGGAUAAUGAGCUGAAGAACUACGAUGAUACUACCUUAGUUCCGUUCCUCAAAGGGUCCAUUGUUUAAGGCUUGACUCCGUAAGUGCUGUGUAUGGAACAUAUCGUACCCUUGUUAAUAUUGCCGAUCAUUAAAGGAGGGAUUAGUAUGCGCUAGCUAUCGGCAAUAUGCGAUCACGUGAACCAGCCAGAUAUUUGUAUAGAUAGAUGUUAUAUAGUAUUCUGACCAAUUGUCCACCUAAUCUCCGAGCAGAAAGCUAGAAAAAUCCAUGUGAGACCACUGAUAAGGCAUAUUAUAUAUUCGAACCUGAUUGGAGAGACUGUUUCGUAUUGGACGGGGUAAACUCGGCAAUGAAGAUUUGGAGCCACAGCGUCAUAGGAUGUCCCCACCUUUUUUUUUUACUCCAAGUUCUCUCCUCACGUUGCACACUAAUCAAUAGAAUCAACCACAACCUUCGUUCCCCUCCUUACCCCUCCUAUUCUCUAUAUGUUCUCUUUUCGUUUUCUCCCAUCCUUUCGCACAUCGUCCCCCAAGGUCCUCAACCUAAGCUUUUCCACCCUACCAGGUACGUGCAUACCAGCUAACCAUAAGUUAAGAUUUACCCCACAAUGAUCUCAGCUAUUGACACAUUACAGGGACCAAUCGAUAUCUUGCAACCAUGGCGACUGAUACCUCCAAGUAUAAGUUCAAUCACACUAUGAUCCGGGUCAAGGACCCGAAGAGAUCUUUGGAAUUUUAUAAAUUCCUCGGACUGAAUCAGAUCAAACACCUCGACUUCCCCGAAAACAAGUUCUCACUCUACUUCCUCGCAUACGAUGGCCCCAAGUCCCUCCAGGGUGAGCGUCACUUCACGGAUCGCAAUGCCGUCCUGGAGCUCACCCACAAUUACGGCACCGAGAAUGACCCCAACUACAGUGUGGUCAACGGUAACACGGAACCCCACCGCGGAUUUGGCCAUAUUGCUAUUUCGGUUGACAACAUCGAGGCGGCCUGCAAGAGAAUCGAAGAUGCCGGCUAUCCUUUUCAGAAGAAACUCACCGAUGGACGCAUGAAGAACAUCGCCUUUGCCAAAGAUCCUGACGGUUACUGGGUUGAGAUCAUACGUCGCCACAACGAGGACGUGGGUACCACAACGGAUCCCGCCAACUAUCGAUUCAACCACAGCAUGCUCCGGGUCAAAUGCGCAGAGACAAGUUUGAAGUUCUACCAAGAGGUCAUGGGCAUGACUCAUGUGCGAACCGCUGAGAACAAGGAUGCAGGGUUUAAUCUCUAUUUCUUAGGAUACCCUGGAUCCAACCCUAAGGUACAAGAAGACGCCAAGAAUCCUGUGGCCGAGUGGGAAGGUUUGCUCGAGCUCACCUGGAACUACGGCACGGAGAAGCAAGAAGGACCAGUCUACCACAACGGUAACACCGAGCCACAAGGAUUUGGCCACAUCUGCGUUUCCGUUGACGAUUUGAAUGCCGCCUGCGAGCGUUUCGAAUCAUUGAAUGUUAACUGGAAGAAGCGUUUGACCGACGGACGGAUGAGGAACGUUGCCUUUGUCUUAGACCCCGAUGGAUACUGGAUUGAAGUGGUCCAAAACGAGGGCAUCAAGCGCACUGGCGAUUGGUAAUCUAGCUCCCUGUAUGUAAGGUAUAGCGCCUGUAGUACGAGGGCGCAAAAUUUUAUAAAACAUUAUAGUACCUGUAUUAGCUUUCAGUGAAAAACAAACAAGUAAGAAAGGAAGGUAUCAGGUGAGAGCGGGAAAUUUUACCUCAAAAGGUGG